AUGGAUCUAAAAAGAGAGUUUCCGGAUACUCGUCGCCUUCGGGUACAUAUUGACGAGAAUGUUGAGGAGAAUGUUCUGGUAUACGAAUAUUUCAAUGAUGACUUACUUUCCUUUAUAAAGAGAAACCCAAAUUUGCCAAUUGGGGCGAGAAAAUGGAUAUUGAGGGAGCUCGGGGAAUCUCUCAAGGAGCUCCAUGCUAAAAAUUGGAUACACAUAGAUGUGAAGCCUGACAAUGUGAUGAUCAAUUAUAGUCGAGAUGAGCAGGGCUUACCCCUGCCGCAGAGGGUUGUACUGGGUGACCUGGAUGUCUCGCUGAAGAUGAAAGGUGACAAGCUUCUACGGCUCCCGGAAGGCAUCAAGCUCGGCAACGUAAUGUGGCGUAGCCCCGAAGCUCAAACUGGCCAGGGAAUUGGGAAGCCAUCUGACGUGUUUUCCUAUGGGCUUGUGAGUCUAUUCACCACAACAGGCGUGGAAACGCUGUAUCCAGACUUUGAGGGGUUGAGGAAGGAUGGGGUUGACCCCGAGUUGGAGAUCAUGGGCCGAUUGAUCUCAUUCUUCGGGCCAGUACCGAAGGAGCUAGUGACGCACGUCCAACAUGAAGACUGGGGCAAGGUAAUGAUGGCACUCUCAGAGGCACUGGAGGAUGGCAGCCCUGUUGGCCCCGGACGGUUCACAGAGUGGCCGGAGAAGGAUUAUCCAAACCUUGAUGGCGAGACAAAACGAAUCUUCCUACGUAUGUUGGAUCUUGCUCCUUCAAAAAGAGUGACCAUGGCAGAAGUCUUGGAGGACCAAUGGUGGGGUCGUGGAGAGGAGGAGUACCAAAGUCCUCCGCUCUCUACCACUGAAACACCUUGA